AUGCCUUCCCUCGCCGCAUCCCGAACCGCGAAUGCUUCCUAUGCGUUCCCAGCCGCACCAGUCGCCAUCUUCGUUGGGGGGACGUCAGGAAUUGGACAAGCUGUCGCACAAGCACUAGCCCGCUACACGAAUGGACAACUCCACCUCAUCAUUAUAGGGCGAAACCGCGCCGCGGCGGAGUCCAUAUUCGCGACGCUCCCCAAACCUGCCACGCCUGCCGCACGCUACGAAUUCAUCGAAUGCGACGCAACGCUGAUGAGGAACGUCGCCGCGACGACGUCCGAGCUGCUUGCACGCCUCCCCAAGGUUAACUAUCUUGUAUUGUCGUCAGGCUACUUGGGGCUCCGUUCUCCAGGACGGGACGAGACUCUGGAGGGGAUCGACAAGAAGCUGGCGCUCAAUUAUUACGCGCGAUGGAAAUUUACACAUGACCUGCUCCCGUUAUUGAAGGCUGCGAAGGACACGGGAGAGGACGCACGCGUUAUGUCCGUCCUCGCGCCGGGGAACGGCAGAACGCUCGACCUCGAGGACCUCGGGCUCAAGAAAGGCUAUUCCUUCCUUAGUUCGUUUCGCGCUGCGCCGACCUACAAUGACCUUAUGGUCGAGUCAUUUGCAGAGAAGGAACCCGGACCAUCUUUCAUUCACAUCUACCCCGGCGCUGUGCGCACGCCGCUCCUCAGUACCGUCUUUACGGUGUUGAUGUACCCCUUCACGUGCUCGCCGGAAGACUGCGCCGAGCGCAUGCUCUAUGCACUGGUUCACGCGGACGCGGGUGCGCAGCGGCGGGACGCCAAUGGGGACGACAUGGGACGAAAGGACUAUUACGGCUCGGACGAGGCGAGGGUGCGGCUUUGGACACACACGGUGGACGAGGUACAGCAUGCGUUGGACGUCAAGCACUGA